CGAAAGUUGUGUGACAUUUGUCUCCAGGUAAAACAUGUCUAACGAGUGACAUAAUGCGAUUAUUUUUUACUAUUAGAUCAAAAUUUAAGUAAAAGAUAUGACGCCAGAAAUAAAACUAGGUGAACGACCCAACAACGGUCCAGAUUUUCAACGAUGGAAAGAUAUGGUGGAGAGCGUGAUAGACUUUAUAGCCGCUUCGAGAACGAUGUUGAACGUUUUGACGGAUAAGCUGGAGGAAGGGAAGAGGUUCAGAGAGGAGGAAAAACGUAAAAUAGAAGACGAAAAAGUGAAACUGGAGUUCUACAAAGAGUGUUUGAAGAUGGAACUGAACAACGUGGUUAAGAAAGUGAAUAACGACACUUCAACGGAUCUGUUCGAGGCUGGCGAUCAGAGAUGCCACUACGUCGGAUUUAAAUCCGCGCCCAAGUACCCUCAAAACACUAAAGAGAAACUUGGUAGCGGUAUCCUGAAAACGUCAAAGUAUCUGAGUAAAAUCCCUAGACAGCAGAGCAACACUGACCAGGGAUCUAAAUCCCGGCUGACCGAACGUUCAUCGGAAACUUCAAACGUUGCAAGGUCGUGUUUGAACCGAAGAACUAGAAGCAAGAAUUACGUGGAGCUCAGCCAGAAAUUGAAAACAACCUGAAGAACAACAAGUUUGUUUUUUUUUUCAUACCAGUUCAAAAUAAAUCGCUUAAUUCAA